GAAAAACAUGGCGGCUGGCUCGCUUGUAACAGUCGCUCGGCUGACUGCGAACGUCUGCAGAAGCCGCCGCUUAUCCGCCGGUAGAAGUGUACAGAGACGAGGGAUAGCUUCGUGUAUCGACCCUUCUCACGGCCUCACAGAUGAACAGAAGGAGUUCCAGAAAGUGGCCUUUGACUUUGCAGCCAAUGAAAUGGCUCCGCACAUGGCAGAGUGGGACCUGAAGGAAGUGUUCCCAGUGGAGACCAUGCGCAAGGCAGCUCAGCUAGGCUUCGGGGGCAUCUACGUACAGCCCGACGUCGGGGGCUCGGGUCUGUCUCGCCUCGACACGUCGGUCAUCUUCGAGGCCUUGUCCACCGGCUGCGUGAGCACCACUGCCUACAUCAGUAUCCACAACAUGUGCGCCUGGAUGAUUGACACCUUCGGAAGCGAGGAGCAGAGGCAAAGGUUCUGUCCUCAACUUUGUUCCAUGGAGAAGUUUUCCUCCUACUGCCUCACUGAACCUGGCAGCGGCAGUGAUGCUGCGUCACUCCUGACGAGUGCGCAGCGCCAAGGCGACCAUUAUGUCUUGAACGGUUCCAAGGCGUUCAUCAGCGGAGGAGGAGACACCGAUGUUUACGUGGUCAUGUGUCGCACAGGAGCCAAAGGUCCUAAAGGCAUCUCGUGUCUCGUCGUGGAAAAGGGAACACCAGGCCUCAGUUUUGGAAAAAAGGAACAGAAGGUGGGGUGGAACUCGCAGCCCACCAGGGCGGUCAUAUUUGAGGACUGUGCUGUUCCUGUGUGGAACCUACUGGGAGAGGAAGGUCAAGGCUUCACCAUCGCCAUGAAAGGACUCAAUGGAGGCAGGAUUAAUAUUGCUUCGUGUUCUCUGGGCGCUGCCCACGCGUCCGUAGAACUGGCUCGGGACCACCUGUUGGUGCGUAAGCAGUUUGGGGAGACGCUCUCCAACAACCAGUUCCUUCAGUUCAAACUGGCAGAAAUGGCCACCGAUUUGGUGGCGUCUCGCCUUUUGGUCCGCCGGGCCGCGGUGGCGCUUCAGGAGGAGCGAGCGGACGCCGUGCCGCUGUGCUCCAUGGCCAAGCUCUUUGCCACGGACCACUGCUUCAAUAUCUGCAACCAGGCUCUCCAGAUGCACGGCGGGUACGGCUACCUGAAGGACUACGCCGUGCAGCAGUUUGUGCGCGACAUCCGCGUGCAUCAGAUUUUAGAAGGAACUAACGAGGUGAUGAGGAUGAUCAUCUCACGCAGUCUUCUGACGGAGACCUGAUACAUGUCCUUUGAACUGAGACCACCAUUUUGUGUUACUGUGUGAGAGAGACCCAGGAACCUUUCAGGGAGGGGUCAGACUGGAACCAUGUGGUCUACAAAAAGUACUGUCAAUUUCGAGGGAAUUUCUGUUACUGUAGCAUGUUAGCAUCCCAGGAAUUUGUCAUUCGAAGUCAACAUCAGCAUUCAUAUCAAUAGUACCUGGGCUUAGUCAGUGUUUUUCUCACAUAACUGUAACCAUUUUUGUCUUCAAGUGGCCUUGCCCAGACUUUUUGUUUUAUAUGCUUUCUUUGCUGUUAAUUGAAUUGUAAUACAGUAUGUAGAUUAUGUAUGAAAAAAGAGGUAUAUUUGACUGUGACACUCCAAAUAAAAU